AUGUCCGAAUCUAUGGAAGAGGACCACUCCAUUCAGGCUUCCGAACAGGAUGACUACCAGGAACAAAUCAAGGAGUACGAGCUCGAGCAGGCCAUGCUGGAAGCAGAAUUUGUCAUGCACGAGAUGGCCAGGUGGGAGUCAGACCCGAUCGAAAAAGCAAUCAUGAUGCAAGACGCGCAGGACCAGAAAAUGUUCCAGCAAGAAAUGGAACUGGAGAAGCGGAUGGCAAAGAUGCAAGUGCAGUACCGAAACAUGGACGGACAGAUGCUGCACUGCUCGAGGCCAUGCCCCAUCGUACCAGAACGUUUCGGCUCGUAUCGAGAGGCAGAACUAGCAGAACUGCACGCAAGAAACAACAACGAGUCGGACGUGACGCUUUCCCUACAGGAGCUGCGUUCAAGAAGAAAACGCGCAGGAAAACCCACUCCAGCACAAUUUCUUGAGAACCGCCCUCCAAGGGAAGUGCUUCUACACGACCUGGACGCUUCUCAUGUGGGCCCAAUAUGCUUGGAAACGACCAAGCUAGUUUGUGGCAGCGACCUGAUCACCGACGCUUGGGCUUGGCUCGACCUGCUGAGUAGAGCCGAUGACAAUGACGUCGUCUGUGUGCAAAUCGUUUUCAGCACGCAAAUUUGA